ACAACGUUGUAUUUGGAAAGAAAGCAUGGAACGUAAUCAUAUUAAUUACCAGAUAGACAAGACCUAACAACCUGAAUUAAUGGAUAUAUAAAUAUUUCAGACAAGAGGGUCUCUGCACAGAGAUUAAAAAAAAAUUUUGAGUUCUUGUCCGAAAGCAAAGCUAUGGAUCUUGGUUUCAGUUGGGGGCUCUUGAUAUGCUUUGUGGGUGCUUUGGUGGCUCUGAAAAGGUUUCUACAGGGAGCAAAUCGGUGGUUUUAUGAAACCAAACUCGGUGAAAUUCAGUAUUAUCUGCCUCCCGGCGAUCUGGGUUGGCCGUUCAUCGGCAAUAUGUGGUCGUUUCUUAAAGCUUUCAAGUCCACUGAUCCUGAUUCUUUCAUGCGCAGCUUUACAGCCAGAUAUGGACGUAUUGGAAUCUACAAGGCCUUCAUGUUCGGGAAGCCAAGUGUGAUCGUGACAUCGCCUGAAACAUGCAAAAGAGUACUAAAUGAUGAUGCUUCAUUUCAACCUGGCUGGCCUAAAGCCACCAUGGAGCUCAUCGGAAAGAAGUCCUUCAUCGGUAUUUCUUAUGAAGAACACAAACGUCUCCGGCGACUCACUGCAGCUCCUGUCAAUGGUCAUGAAGCUCUAUCUAUUUACGUGAAUUACAUUGAAGAAGUUGUGAUUUCUUCCUUGGAAAAAUGGACGACCAUGGGAAAAAUCGAGUUCUUAACUCAACUAAGGAAGCUCACCUUCAGGAUAAUAAUGUAUAUCUUCCUUGGCUCCGAGAGCGAGCCUGUCAUGGAGGUUCUGGAGAAAGAAUAUACAACACUUAACUAUGGAGUCAGAGCCAUGGCAAUCAAUCUUCCUGGAUUUGCAUACCAUAAAGGACUGAAGGCUCGCAAACACCUGGUGGCUGCAUUACAAUCUGCGAUAGAUGAGCGCAGAAAGCAAAGGAAGGAGAACAUCACAUCAAAGAAGAAAGAUAUGCUGGACGCUCUGAUGGAUGCUGAAGAUGAAAAUGGAAAAAAAUUGGACGAUGAAGAAAUCAUUGAUGUUUUGUUGAUGUACUUAAAUGCAGGUCAUGAAUCUUCUGGCCAUACUAUUAUGUGGGCUGCUGUUUUUCUCGAGAAACAUCCUGAAUAUCUCCGAAAGGCUAAGGAAGAGCAGGAGGAGAUUGUAAGAAAGAGGCCACCAACACAGAAGGGUUUGACACUUAAGGAAAUUAGAGAGAUGGAAUAUCUCUCCAAGGUGAUUGAUGAAACGCUUCGUUUGGUUACAUUCUCACUAAUGGUUUUCCGAGAGGCAAAAGUUGAUGUCAAUCUAAAUGGAUAUAUCAUUCCCAAGGGUUGGAAAGUUCUUGUGUGGUUCAGAAGUGUUCACUUUGAUCCUGAAAUCUAUCCAAAUCCAAUGGAAUUCAAUCCUGACAGAUGGGAUAAUUUUAUACCCAAAGCAGGAGCUUUCCUUCCCUUUGGAGCUGGAACUAGGCUGUGCCCUGGAAAUGAUCUUGCAAAGCUGGAAAUUUCCAUCUUCCUUCACCAUUUUCUCCUUAAUUAUGAGCUGGAACGACUGAAUCCUGGAAGUUCAUUGAUGUAUUUACCUCAUUCAAGACCAAAGGACAACUGCUUAGCAAAAAUCAAGAAAGUUCCAAAUUCAGUUUUGGGAAAACAGAAAUGAUUGAACAAUUCCUAUAUUGGACAAACAAAACCAGCAUUCCUCCACAGUGUUGGUUUGUUAUGAUGUCCUUGUAUUAACUUAUUACAUUAUUAAUAAUGGCUAAUAGCCUCCUUCUCCAUCACAUGUUUUGUUUAUUGCGUUUACCUCAAUUUUAUAAGUUAUAAUGAAAAUUCAACUGUGGACAAUUUUUUUUUUUAAAUUAAAGCACAUGCAUAUGUGGAAAG